AUAGUAUUUUAUACUGAAAAAUGAAAGCUGUCUUUCUAUUUUAACAGCUUUUAUCAGGCUUAAGUAAUAAAAGUUAAAUCAUAAUAAAGUCUUUGUACAAGGAUCCAACAUGGUUAUCCGAAUUUACUGGGCAAGCGUGACUGGAAAUAGAAAGAUAAACAGCGAUCAGUCAAGACUCAAAAAUGUGCUCGAAUGUUUUAAGUUAGAAUCAACGUGGAUUGAUGUGACGACAAGCAGAUCUGUCAUGAAUCAAAUGAGAAUGGAAUGCGGCAAAGCUAACGCUCUUCCACCACAGAUAUUCAACGAUGAUGUUUACCUUGGAGAUGUUGACGAUUUUAACGAAAGAAUAGAAGAUGGAUCGUGGAAAGCAUGGAUAGCCGGUAAUGCCGACAGUACUGAUAUCAACCUAGAUGCACCAGAAGAAAAUAUUUCAUGCAACCAGAACAAUUCCAACAACGAAUAUUCAACAAACCAGGUCGCAGAUGAAUCCGUCCCGAAGUAUACUCCGUCAGAGGAAAUCAAAAUUACCUCCAGUACGUCUGUUUCGUCCGCAGUUUCUAAUUUUGAAAAUAUUAACAAAAGUCCUAAAGUAUCAAGAAAAGUAGUGCAAAUUCAAUUUGCAAGUAACAGCGAAGAGCAGAAUACGGAAAAGUCUAAGAUGGACGAUGAGAGACGUCGAAGAAUUCUAGGCCUUGCACCCGCAGAAGAAAAUGGCGAAGUGAAAUGCUUGCAGGACAAAACGAAUGAGACAACUCAUGAAACAAAUGGAGUGAAAGAUAUCGAAUCGGCAAAAAUUAAAUCAAUUUAUGAAGCAGAGAAGGAGACUUCCUGAGCUACUCAGCAGUUGAUGUAUAUCUCUAUGUUACUCGAUAAUUAUAUUUGGGUUUUGAUGUCACUAAAUGUGCAUUUAUAUUUGGCGUGAACGAGUAAAAAACGAUGUCCCAGUUAUGGCUCAUUUUUAUAUUUUGUAUUUUGCUUUUAUUUUUUCAAGUAAACAUUUAUGGUUUCAUCCUUUUUUGGUCACUCCGUAUAAAACUAGUUUCAAAAUUUUAGAAUAAAGAAAGCUGAUCAUAAUUAUAAAACAUAUAUA